AUGUCUCCAUCUGGGUCUGUCCCUGACCCUUCUGAGGUCAAGACAGCCCAAAUAGCCCAAGUACCCAACGAGCCUUUGAGAGCGCUAUCCUCAUCCGAUGAUGAAGAGUCGAAACACUCAUGCUCACAGGAUGGCGCCGUCAAAUUGACCAAGAAAAUGUCUACUCUGCAUAUAGACGACGACAGAGACCGGAAUUCGGGGGAGGACAUCGAGGUGUCGAGCGACAGCCAGUCCUUAGUCUCAGACAUUGAGGAUGGGAGCAGUUCAUUUCAAGCCGAGGGCAAGCUGGACGAACAGAAGCAGGCCAUAGUCAAUCAGCUCAUGAAAAAGUUCUGCUUGGCCCUCGACAUUAAGCUAGCAGCCGUCCGACCCUCAAAACCGCCCGCUGCUCCUAAGCCGAAGCCCGGUGUUAGUCAAAGGCCGCCGUCCCCUUCCUUGAGGCUCUCAGCUGCCGUGCCUCCUCCGCCUGCAGCUCCUUCUGCUCGUCGCGAACAGUCCCGACAACCUGCUCCAGCGGUUCUUCCCCCUGCAGCCCUCCAGAUAUCACUUGCAGCUCCUACUCCUCCUCCUUUGCCUACGGCACCACUUGCACAUCCCGCGCAAAGUCGUUCCGCAUUUCUUCUACCGCCUUCCCAUUCACGACUUCCUCCAGCUGGAGGUGUUGAGUUUUCUCUUGCUGGACAUGCCCGUUCUCAGCGUGCCAUGGCACGUUCAGAGACUCGGCCAAUGCCAUCUCCCUCCGCAGAUGAGUCUGUUAAGAUGAGACGCGACGCUUUGAGCUUCUUUCGCAAGAAGUCUCCUACAAAGGAAAGCACUACACAGAGCUCAGAUAUUGCACGACAUCUGUCCUCCUCACAACAACGGCGGACUGGGGGAAUGAGGGAGACAUCACGAGAUGGUGUCCCAGAAGGAGCCGAUUUGGUCGAAUACCCAGAGGCAGAUGCUCAGGCUAUCUACAACUUUGGUUCUUCGUCUUUGCUUGAAUACUGUCUGGAGUCCACUGUUGAGGAUACAGACGUUCAGUCCUUUUCUCAAGGCCAACCUGUACUGGACAUUGAGGCAGAAGUUGAUAAUUCAGAUGGUGAAGAAGCCAAGGAGGAAACAGAAGGGGCUCCGGCUCCAUCAGUUAGGAAGCGCGGUGCUCCUCCGGUAAAGGCCCAGGAGACGGUAUCGGUUGCUGAGGAAGAUGACGGUGAUGGGAGACGAAAGAAGCCGAGAAAGACCGCCCCCAACUCGAAAUCAGGAGGCAGGAAGUUCGCUUGCCCGUACUUCAAGAGAAACCCGAGGAAAUAUGGAAAGUGGACGUCCUGCCCAGGCCCUGGGUGGGACGAGGUUCAUCGAGUCAAAACUCACCUGUACCGACGCCACUCCCUGCCUAUCCAGUGCCCUCGCUGCUGGGAGGUCUUCAAAGUGGACAGCGAGCUCCAGUCCCAUCUCCAGCAAGAUCCCCCAUGCACGAUCCAGGGCAAUCGGAUGCUGCACGAGGGCUUCACCAAGGACCAGGAGAAAAAGCUGCGCAGCCGCAAGAAAACGCAUGCCGACAUGACAGACGAGGAGAAGUGGCGCGAGAUCUACCUCAUCCUCUUUCCGGAUGAUGAUCCUAGCUCUAUCCCAUCACCUUACUAUGAUGACCCGAGCGAGGAGCAAAAGAGUGGAGAGCUUGAGGACUUUGCCACGUUCCUUCGUCGAGAAAUGCCCACGCUUGUGCGACGGGAGCUGGAGGUCCUCUUUCAGAACGAGUUUCAGGACAUCGACGAGCGCAUUCGUCCUCGCGUGGCUGAAAUCGUGCUCAACCUGCAGCCGAAAUUACUCAGUCUGUACAAGCAGUCGCAGAUGCCCCUGAGUGAAUGGGGCCCUCAGCCUUUUGAGCAAACAGGGAGUUCGAAAGAACCUACCUCCACACCAGUCGUGUCUCAGGGAAUUGAAUUUGGAACUGCUUCAAUGACGUCCAAGUUAACUCCUGACACAGCUGUGAGCACCAAUACCUUUGAGCUGACAUCAGACAUGUUCCAAAACGGCCAGUUCAAUCCAGGAUGGGAUAUUUUCGACAUGAACCAGGGGCAGUGGUCGGCUGAUGUUGGACUGGGCCCGAACUGGGAUCUCGAGUUCCAAAAGAUGCUGGAUCACAUUGUUUUCCCGCCGCAAUGGGGCAACGCACCUGAGCAGUACCAAGCUGUGUCAUAUCAGACCGAGCAGCAUCAACCACUGACAUGA